AUGCGUGAAGUGAUUUGCAUAGAAACAGUUCAUAGAAACCAAAAGAUACUGCACCUAAUACCGAAAAAAACACUAAUGUUUGAUAGUUUCAAUAGCGGUAAAAAUAGACGAAGGUCCUUUUUUCGCUUUGGCUCUGAAAGUAAAAAUAGCGACUUUGAACAAUCUGUGAGGAAGCUAUCAACACCCCCUGCAACUAGGAAGUCAACAAGCAAUACGCCACCCUCCAGGGAUAAAACGAUUACUCCUGAUGUACCGCCAAGAAGCCCACACAGGAAUGUCCACGCCAGAAGCCGUUCUAUACAAGCACCAUUAGAAAAGGGACCGUUAAAAAAUACGAAUCCGUUUUUGAAUGCUGGUACUAAUACAAGUGAUUCCUUUCAAUCUUUAAAAUUUAAAGAGGUGCCGAUGGAUGAUUUUAAAGAGAAUCAAAAGUCGGCAACGAACAACAUCACUAAGAAGAACACAAGUCCCUUUACGACUAGCACUAAUUUAAAUGUAAAUCUUUCCAGCCUUAAACGUCCAAGGCCUCCGCCACCACCUGUAGAUAUGAAAUCAAUAACAAGCUCACUAAGUAAUAGCACUAUCAAGGAAGAUACUAGCAUGGAUAAUGAUUACGAGCAGAACAUUAUUUCACCGCCAUCCCGUAAUCAACAUAGGCGACAGCGAUCAGAAGCAGAAAAAUUAGUCGACGACAUCGAAGAUUAUAUAAUCGAGCAUAACGGAAAUCCAGAUAGUCCAAUAUCGGCAAAUGCAGCCAGUUUGUCAGACGUGGAAACGGCGCAGGAUGUGCCGGUAAAUUCUUUGUCUAUUCCCAUCCUGAGGGACGUUAGCAUAGAAAGCUCUUUGAGUUACGUGAAACCGCUCGUUGUUGGUGGUGGUGUAGUGAAUGGGCAUAGUGAUACCAAGGACUUAAAAUUAGAGCACCCGGUACAAUUAUCUUCUAAUGUAGAUGAUGGCAAUGAUAGAUUUUCGUUUACUACAUCGGUUAGUGGUAAGUCCACCAGAAGUCUUCAACAGGUUGUUAAAGAUGAAUCUAAUGGAUUUAAAUCUGCGCAUUCUGAUUUUGUAUAUAAGUCAAUUGAUCAUCUCAAAAGUGAUGAAAGUAUAGGGAGCGCUAGAAGGCCUUUGCGGAUAACUAAUGAAGCAGAUAGCGGUUCUUCAGACGAGGAGCAAAAUGAUUAUCAAGAUAAAUAUUCAUUUGGGGAAGAGAAAAGCAACACAUCGACAAGCACUGAGGAUCACCAAGGCCUACGAAUAAAAAAUGACGUUCCAACGCAAGAGCCCGAGCUGGCAACUCACCGUAGAGUUUUUCGAGUGGUCAAUGAAGAUCGUCCCAGUUUUUUUUUGAAUAGUGCGGAGGAUACAGGCAGUUUGAUUGAUGGACAUUCCCUCGAUACUGCAACAUCUUCUGGCGAGUAUGGUAUGCCAUUAAACGUUGCUAACCCAUCUGAACCCUCUAUCUCAAAAAGCGCUCAAUCAAAUGUAUUGUCUACUCUUGACUCAAGUGGGGACACGAAAUCCUCAAAUAAAACAUCUGAGUUAAACAGUUCAAAUUCGAUUUCAGAAAGCCUGGUACUUGCUCCACAAUCUUUAAAUGAAGACACAAUUUCCGCUGAAGAAGCCACCGGCUUUCCAAGCUCAGCACCAACUGUACCAAAUGAAAAAUCUGUCAAAGGUUCGACGCUAACUUCCGUCGUAUCAAACAAAUCGGAGAAGUCGGUGCCUCUGGUCUCGAGUUAUGUGGAAGAGUUGCGGUUAAAGUAUUACAGGACAUCGAACUUCUUACAAGCCCCUCCUAACUUACCAGUGGCCUUAAAACAAAAGAAUAAUCUAAUUCAGCCCAGAAAUAUCAAGGUUAAGCUGAGAACAAGUUCCAAACAAAUCGGUAUAAAGCACGGUAAAGUUAAACAGAAACUAUUGGCGCUAGAGACAAGGAACGAGGACUCGAAUGAGAGAUCGAACGGUUCAGAUUCGAAAAAUAACAUCAAUGUCGACCAUACAAAGGAGUUUCAUAAAUUGUUGGAGAAGGAAACCGGGGUCGAUUCUACCUCAAAGAGCGGAAACGCUGGUGAAGAUCAAGCGGAGGAUUAUCUCAAGGAUAUACCAGGUGAUGAAGCAUAUAAUAGCGACGAUAUCAUGGCACCGUUGAGAGAAAAAAAGGGCCAAACAGAUUCAGCUGAUUCGGUAACAAGAUCGAAUACGGUAGUUAGCUACUACACAAGGUCCCAAAAUAGAAUGAGAAGCGGAACGCUCGACAAUGACUACGUGAAUAGGCAGAAACUUCCUACUCAUAUUUGUCUGCAGGAUUACCGCGACUCCAAUGCUAAAAAUGAUGUAACGCGACAAGAUUCUGUCUCCACAACGGACUCAGAGGUGAUUGAACCCAGUUAUUCCCUGGGUCGCGGCUUGCGUGUGGCAAACCCAGAUUCCGAUGCAGAGUAA